GGCUGCGACGCCGGACGUCUCGCGUCGCAUCGCAAGCGCCAUGGCGUCCGCCCGCGACCUGCUGCUGCUGUGCGUCGUGCUGGGUGCGUGUUGCGGGUUGCGGCCGGCAGGGGCUGUUGCGGCGCCCGACUGGGUGCGGCGGCGGGCGUGCCCCGCGACGGCGGAGGACCCGCAGCCGGCCGCCAGGGUGGGCACCGAGGCGCGCGUGCGCAGGCUGCGCAGCCUCAUGCGAGACCCCAGGCACCUGCUCGACGCCUACCUCGUCACCUCGUCCGACCAGCACCAGAGCGAGUUCCUGGCACGGUCGGACCGCCGUCUGGAGUGGAUCUCGGGCUUCUCGGGCAGUUACGGCGAGGCGUUGGUGACGGCGCAGCGCGGGGGCGGCGAGGGCGGCCAGGCCGCGCUGUGGACCGACGGCCGUUACCACGCGCAGGCCGACGACCAGCUGGACUGCGGCUGGCAGCUCGUGCGCCACGGCGUCGUACAGCUCUCCGUCCAGGGGUGGCUGUCAGACGUCCUCCAUGUGCCUGCUGCUCGUGUGGGUGCUGACCCACACUUACUGCCUCACACCGAUUGGCAUGCAUUAUCGGUUGACCUUGCAAGUAUUAAUGUGACGUUGGUGGAAAUUCGAGAAAAUUUAAUAGAUAAAAUAUGGACUGAGAGAAUGAUGUUUAAGAAAUAUCCAGCACAUGUUCUUCCUGUGGAAUAUGCAGGAGAAACUUGGGAAAAUAAAGUUUCGAGACUGAGAUCUCACCUAGCUUUGACAGGAGCUGAUGCUAUGGUAGUGACGGCUCUUGAUGAAGUUGCCUGGUUGCUCAAUAUACGAGGACACGACAUUCCAUAUUAUCCAGUAGUGCAUGCAUAUGUUAUUGUAAGUCAGAACAUGUUGCUCCUCUUCAUUGAUCCUGCAAAUUUAUCUGAUGAAGUAAGGGAACAUCUCAAGAUUGAAAAGUGUUUUAGUGCAAACUGUUUUAGCGUACGGCCUUACUCAAGUAUCCUGGCUGGUCUGCACACUGAGUCACAGCAGUGGAACACUGUGCUCCUCCCAACAGAGUGUACCUACAGCAAAGGUGCCAGCCAGGCCAUCUACUCAGCUGUCAGUGAAAACAAGUGGAUGCCUCAGCAAUCACCAAUCAUUUUCAUGAAAUCAGUCAAAAAUUCUGCUGAAAUUCGUGGAAUGCAAAAUGCUCACAUACGAGAUGCAGCUGCACUUUGUGACUUCUUUGCUUACAUGGAACAGAGGAUGAAAGAUGGCUUCAUUUGGGAUGAACUCACUGUAGCAGAAACAGUAGACGAGUUUCGCAGGGAGCAAAAGCUGAGUCGUGGGCCUAGUUUUGCUACAAUUGCAGGAUUCGGUCCCAAUGGAGCAUUACCACACUAUGAGCCAAACAACAUCACUAGCCUCACAAUUGAUAACAGUAGCAUGCUUGUGCUUGACUCUGGUGGACAAUAUUUAGAUGGGACAACUGAUGUCACACGCACUUUGCAUUUUGGGGAACCCACAGACUUUCAGAAAGAAGUAUACACACGUGUAUUAAUUGGUUCCAUACAGAUGGCCUCAUUGAUAUUUCCAGAGGAUGUACAAACAUCAAACAUAGAUGUACUUGCCCGUGCUCCUUUGUGGAAAGUUGGUCUUGAUUAUCAGCAUGGCACAGGGCAUGGAAUAGGUUCUUAUCUAAGUGUACAUGAAUCUCCAAUUAUAGUAGUGUACAGCACAGGAAAUGAGACAUUCCAGAAGGGUCAGUUCUUCUCUAAUGAACCUGGUUACUAUAAGGAAGGUCACUUUGGCGUUCGUCUAGAAAACAUCUUGGAAGUAGAACGAAGACAAACAGAGCACCAAUCUCACAAGACCUAUUAUGGGUUUAAAACUGUAACACUUGUACCAUAUGAACCAAAACUUAUAAAGGAAGAAAUGCUUACCAGCGAACAAAGGGACUGGCUGAAUGAAUACAACUCACAGAUUCGAAGCUUAGUGGGAGCAGAACUGAAACACCAGAAGAGAAUGAAGGGUUUUUAUUGGAUGAUGUCAAAAACAGGAUAUGUGCCUCCAUAUUGUGCACGAUAUAACAGGGCAGCAGCUUAUAUUCCAUUAUGCAAGAUGUUCAUUCUUUUUGCUAUGUUGAUAUGUUGGCUCUUUUAAAACAUCAGAUACACAUACGAUGUUCACAGACCAUAAUAAAAUAAAAUAAUCUGAUGGUAUGAGUUGCUGGAAAAUCACAUUUUUGAAAUGCACAUAAUGUGAGCAAAACUUUAUUUUGGCAUAUUAAAAUUUCAAAGCAUGGAGUCAUUUUUACAUGUUGUUAAGAUGUCAUGAAUAGCCUCACCCCUGAGCAAAGGGCUUCUAUUUUUUUCCUUGAAAUGUGCAAUGAAAUAUUUUUACUACUGUUAUUUAUUCAUAGGUAGAUAAGCAUGAAACAGUCAAAGGAUAAUAAAAUUUAUUAAAGGAACAAUAAAAAUGAAGAAACAUUUUGGCAGUUGUAGUUGUGGAUUUCAAUGUUUAUAAAGGUUGACAAGCAAAACUGGAACACGCAUCUUAAUCAAAAUUCCUUGGGCAUUUGUCAGCUAUGUUUCUGCGGAUGAGACACAUUUAAUGCCAUCUGCUACAUCCCUGUGUAGCACUACUACCACAGAAGUCACUGUGGAGGAAAUGUGGUAUAU